AUGUCACAGGAGGAGAUCACACCCGAGGGGUCAUCUUUGUUCACUAUUUUGGAUGACAAGAAUCGUCUGAUCGAUACGCUGAAUAAGCAAAUUGAAAAUCAAAAAAUGCAGUUAAUGUAUUAUAUACAGCAGGGCUUGCGCCCUGAAAACGUUCGGGAGUUUGCCAAUAACUGUCGUACAGAUAUUAGUGAUGUAAGCGUACCUUUAAUUUUGGCGAUGGACAGAUUUAAAAAGGAAAUCGGCAUCAAAAGCAAAAACACACUUUUGUACGAGCGCAUGAUCAAACUGGACAACAAAAUCGAAUCUGUUGUUAGCAGCCAGCAGAGAACUCUAAAGGAUAUAGUGAGACAGCUCACUCAAUAUUUCUCUCAAAGACCUGACAGCGUUUACCCAACGUGCAUUACUAUCCCGCCAGCUCAACUGGAAUUGUUCUAUGAGUUGCUGAGGAAAACUGCUUCUCUAUCCAAAUCGUUGGAUGUGUACAGAAUAUGUUGCAACCGACUAAUAGCUACGGAAGACGAGAAAAAUACCAUAGUCGAACAAGUCUUCUCGAUGCCAGUCAAGGAGCGUAUUAACUGCAACUAUUUCAUCAGCAUACAAACUGAACGGCUCAGACUGGAAGACGACAUCAAAAAGGUCAUCAAAGAACAAGACACGUUGCGUAAACGCGUCAACGAAAUACUCGGCAUCGACAAACAGUUACAGCAAGCCAAAUUCAGACCUAACGAAGUUGCCGAUGAACAAUUAAUCAACGAGCUGAAAACGUUGAACUGCGAGGCCGUGGAAGUGCUGGAAAUGUCCCAGACUCAAAGGCAAAAGUCGGACGACAGCGGCCGGAAGUUGCGUCGCAAGACGAUUUUAAGAUUGCUAAGGCUGGCCUUGCAAAAUUUGCAAAAACGCAACUUCGAUGUGCCCGAUGAGAUGACGGAGGAGGAAAGAGACCUGUAUAGAUCCAUGCUCGCGUUGUUGGAUCAGGAAGUUAACGUUAAGUCCGUUAAGGAGUUCCUCAGCGUCGUGAAUCAGUGCAAGAGGCUGGAACACGAACUGCGGAACUUGUUGAACGAUCGCCAAAAUCUUAUACGUGGAAUGAACGUUUUACGUGAACAGCUCAAGAAGCUGGAGGGCCAUAAAAAUGGUUAUAAACAUGCGAAUUCGUCGAGAACUACCUUAAAACUAAAUGGAAUACAAAAGACUAAUGUUUUGUGCAUAAAUGAAAAACAACAAGGAUAUCUGGAAAAUGAUAAUCUAAAUUUGAAAAAAAAGAUUGAGGAACUGCAAACACAACUGGGAAAAACUAAUGGAGAAUUAUCUAUUUAUAAACAAUCAAGGGAAAGUAUUAUUGAAAUUAAGCAAACUGAAGCAAAUAAUCUCGGAUGCAUUGAGGAAGUUUACAUGAGUGAUGGUGAGGAGAUGUACAUGGAGAUUGUUAAAAACAAGGACAUGCAAAUAUUAGACCUCCAAACAAAAGUCUUAAAUGUUCAGAAAGAGAACGAUAGCUUAAAGCAAGCAGCAACUAACAACCUAUUUCAGAAGACGGAAGAAAAACUAAGUGAAAACAAUACUUCGUUUGUAAUUAUGAGUUCGAAUAGAAAAAAACCAAUAGUGUCAUCAUAUACGGAGACAUUUUCCUGUGGAACGCAGACCGAACUUCAGCGAGAACCUUUCGAUUUCGUCGAGUGCAUGGGUGAAACAAGAACAAACGUGGAAAUUUUUUGCUCUAUUUAUGAAGGAUUUAGGGACGUUUCAGUGCAAUCUUGA